AUGGAAGGGACACCUGUUGCCUCGCAGAAUACGGACUGCUACUUCACCCCAGCUGUGCAUCCUUCAGUGUUCCAGAGCACCCCAGCAGAAACUCCGAAGCUGAUCAAGAAUCAGAGGAAACGAAAGGCAACAGACUUGGAAGAUUGCGAGGUAACGUGUCCGGAAACACCACCGUUUUCUAGUACAUUGAACGAGUCUUUAUUCAACCAUUUCGAGAACUUUCAUCUUGAUCAUGGAGAAAGCACGAUUUUCGAAGAAACACCGACGGAUCAGGAAAUAAGUAGGAGUAGUAACAAGCGGUUUUGUUCCCUGCCGAACACCCCAGAUAAACAGGAAAUCAAGUCUAUCCGGGCUGCGUCUAGCACUGCUGCAAAGAACUUCGUAUCACAGUCACCGUUAAACAAGGAUGCUUAUGAUAUCCUAUACCCAUCAAUUCCUUGCCUGGAUCCUGCCCGAAGGCAGUUUGUAACACCUCAAAAAGUCAACGCUUCGUAUAUAAAGAGAUGCUUGUUUUCUCAGCAUAACAAGGAUCCAUUUACAUCUGUUCUUUCAAACGCUGUAGUAAUGCGGCAGAUCCUAAAGUAUUUGUCUAAUGGUGACCUGUAUCGGUUAUCUCAGACAUCGAAGCACUUUAAAGAAGCAAUAAUAGUGAAUAGAGAUGCUAAGACUAGGUACUACAACUACCUACAAAUGCAUAAGCUGCUCAAAGAGAAUUAUAAAAUAACUCCACCGUCAUCACCUGAAAAGGAUUCAGGAUAUGAAGAUGCCAGUCCCGGAUCGAAAAACCACAUGUAUUUUCGUGAAAUAGCAAGCUGCUUGAAUAAAAACCAAUCGUUGAUCAAGUGCCCAAGAUGCAACAAAGCAUCUGUAGUAGAAAAUCACAUUGCUCAGUGCCAAAACCUAAACCAGUGUGGCUACAUCUUUUGCCAAAAGUGCAACAGUUUCUCUAAUGAUCCUGAGGAAUUCAAAGAUCACUGCCGCCAUGCUCAAUUAAAUGUUCCUAAGCCCAGAAACCUCCUGAGUGAUCUCAGCAAUUGCACCACCAGUGAUUACGCAACAGACAGCAGUACCUCAUUCUUCACAAGCUCACUUACCUCAAGCAAAUACGAAUCUUCAGGGUUUUAUUCUGAUGUCGAAGUCACACCGAAACGAACCGUGAAAACCAAAAUGCUUUCAUCUAACGAGAUAAAAAUCUUAGCAGUUAGCAAUGCGAACAUUGGAAAGGAAAGCGUGAAAAGUAAACGACGCACAUCCCUUUUACCAGUCGUACCGCUGGAUACGAAAAAGUCAGUUGAAAUUGUGGAGCCGUCAAGUCCGCCGAAAAUUAAGCAGCCUGCAGUUUGCUCGAAACAGAGCAAAAGGAAUCUCAAGAGACUCACACGGUAG